UUGAACGUGCGGCCCGGUCACUUGGCGGAGGGCGCGGGGCUGCCGUGAGCGCUCGGCCCCGGCUGCGUGUGCCGGCCUGCAGCUGCCGCCGCCGCGGCCUCAAGCGUGGUGUUGGACGGGCACGGAGAUGUCCGUGCCCGGGGAUCGUAUGACAGCCCGGUGCCGGUCUUCACGUAAGCAACAGAUGCGGGUGAAAGAUCCAUCAAGAACCAACCCUGAGAAGCCAAAGAGAAGCAAAAGGCCUAACAGGCCACAGGAUGAGGACUCUUCAGAUGAUAUUUCAGGGCUCACCUGCCAGCACGUGAGCCAGGCAGUGGACGUGCACCAUGUGAAGAGAGCGGUGGCUCAGAGCGUGUGGUCAGUGUGUGCAGAAUGCCUGAAGGAGAGGCGGGUGAGCGACGGUGAGCCCGUGGCACCUUCAGACAUCUGGCUGUGUCUCAAAUGUGGCUUUCAGGGAUGUAGUAAGAAUUCGGAAGGCCAGCAUUCUCUGAAACAUUUCCAAACUGCACGCACAGAACCUCAUUGCAUCGUUAUCAACCUCAGCACAUGGAUCAUAUGGUGUUACGAAUGUGAUGAAGAGCUGUCAACGCAUUGCAACAAAAAGGUUCUGGCUCAGAUAGUUGACUUCCUUCAAAAACAUGGUGCCAGGGCUGAACCAAGUUCAUCAAAAAUCAUACGUCUUCGUGAAGAAAGCAGUGAAACAAGUGAAAUACUGAAAGGAAAAAGCUCUGGUAAUGGUGCAUCAGUUCCAGUUAAAGGAAUAAAUAAUUUAGGAAAUACCUGCUUUUUCAAUGCUGUCAUGCAGAACUUGGCACAGACUCAUGUGCUAAAUGAACUGAUGUAUGAGAUAAAGGAGAAAGGAACAAAGUUAAAAAUCUGUCAUAGUUCAGAUUCUCAAUUGGAUCCUUUGGUGGUAAACCUGUCCAGCCCGGGACCUUUGACUUCAGCAAUGUUCUUGUUCCUUCACAGCAUGAGAGAGGCUGGAAAAGGUCCUCUGUCUCCGAAAGUGCUGUUCAGCCAGCUUUGUCAAAAGGCUCCUCGAUUUAAGGGGUUCCAGCAGCAGGACAGCCAGGAGCUUCUGCACUAUCUGUUGGAUGCAAUCAGGAUCGAGGAGACAAAACGUAUACAAACUGGUAUCUUAAAAGCAUUCAAUAACCCAACUACUAAGACAGCAGAUGAAGAAACCAGAAGAAAAGUCAAAGCAUAUGGAAGAGAGGGUGUGAAGAUGAACUUCAUAGAUAGAAUCUUUGUUGGUGAAUUGACUAGCACUGUCAUGUGUGAGGAAUGUGAAAAUAUUUCAACAGUAAAAGAACCUUUCAUUGAUCUUUCGCUUCCUAUAAUAGAGGAGAGGGUUGCAAAACCUGUGCCCUUGGGAAGAACAGGUAAAAGUAAAAGUGUACAGGAGGCAGAUCUUGGUCAGUAUAAUUGUUCUUCUAUCAGUACUCUGAAUAAUCAACCCAAAAUUGUCAAGAAACACACUUUAACAAAAGAUAAGAAUCAAUUGAACCAUGAGAGACGGCUUGCCAGAAAAGCUUCCUCAAAGGAAGAAGAAAGAAGUCCUGUUAUAAUGCAGGAAAAAGCCAAAAAGCUUGAGCUGGAAGGUAGCUCUGGCAUCCAGUACUCCAAAGACCCCUGUGCAGAGGCAGCUGUCAACGGAAGCCAGACGGAGGGCAGUGAGAAGGAAGCCAGCCGCUCUGAAAGCAGCUUUGAUGCAGACAGUGAAGCCUCAGAAAGCGAAAGUGCUUCUAAGCAAACAGCUUUGAGCCCACCCAGCAGCGUGUCUGGUGUGCACGUCAACCACUUAAACCCUAAAACGCCGCACAAGCCAAGUGACAGCAACGAAGAGAUGAUUUCCAGUUCCAUAUCCAAGCUUAGCUUCUGCGAUCCUGUAAAUGAGGAUAAAAAGUCAAGUUGUGGAGAUCCAGCUUUGGGUUUAUCAAAUAAUUCCAUGUUCUCAGUAGGCAAAUCCUCUCUAUCCCAAAACCCUCAAAAUGCUUUCCAGACACUUUCCCAAAGCUAUAUAACUAGCUCAAAGGAAUGUUCUGUUCAGUCCUGCCUUUACCAGUUCACCUCUGUAGAGCUCUUAAUGGGGAACAACAAGCUUUUAUGUGAGAGCUGCACGGAAAGGAAACAGAAGUAUCAGAAGAAAACCAACUCCACAGAAAAGAAGAUGGAAGGAGUCUACACAAAUGCUCGGAAACAGCUGCUGAUUUCUUCAGUCCCUGCUAUUCUUAUUCUCCACCUGAAAAGAUUCCACCAGGCUGGUUUGAGUUUACGGAAAGUAAACAGGCAUGUGGAUUUCCCAUUGAUUCUAGACUUAGCACCAUUUUGUGCUGCAUCUUGCAAGAACGUUGUGGAUGGUGCAAGAGUGCUGUAUAGUCUUUAUGGAAUAGUGGAGCACAGUGGCUCAAUGAGAGGGGGUCAUUAUGCGGCAUAUGUGAAAGUCAGGACAUCCUCCAAGAAAUUGCUGGAGCAUAUUUCUACCACUAAAACUGUUCUGGGUUUGAAAGAAGCCAUGGGAGCAUCAGGAGGACAGUGGGUGUACGUUAGUGAUGCCCAUGUUCAGAUGGUUCCAGAAUCAAGAGUACUAAAUGCACAAGCAUAUCUACUUUUUUAUGAAAGAUUAUUACUAUAAUUCUUAACAGUUUAAUUUCAAAGAAGAUAGUGUUAUUUAGUUUAUCUUAUUUAAAGCUGCAGUGGUAAGAGUACCUGUAAAUAUUGUGCCUUUAUCUUGUAGAGAAUUUAUCAUAUUUUGACUCUGAAUUUCAGUUAAACUAUUAUAAAUAUCUGAAUGAUUCUCUUAAAGUAUGCACUUUGCCAAACAUGUAAAAUUCCUGGGUUCAAGAAAAUGCAGUACCAUUAGAAUGUAAGAUGAUGUCCUAUCCUACUGAAGUCUAGGGAAAGUUUGUUUUUGAUUAUAAUAAAGAUAAGCUUUUGCCCAUAGUUCUAGAACAGUUGAGAAUAGAAAUACUGAUAGUGCUAAGUGCCUGGAUUUGCUGGUGUACAGUAACAAUACAAAGUGUUCAACUUCUUCUGAUCCAGUCCAGACCCUUCCUGUCACUGGGUUGGAUGUCAGCUGUUAAGAUUUCUGCAAACAAGAGCCUGUCAAAUAGUGUCGCUUCCAUGUGUAGUAAUUGGAAAGCAGAGUCCUUCCAGAAUGGAGUGACAACAGCUGUCUCUGGGUAGUGCUUCAGUGCACUUUCCUGAUAAGAGCUGGGAAUAGAUUGGGAAAACAUGGCUUCUAAAUAGUAAAUCCUCAGAUACCCAGUACCCUUUCAGUUGUCUCCAACUGGUAUAGCAAUGUACUCCUGUUUCAAUAUAAAUAUGUACUUGGUGUGCAUAAGUAUAUCCUCUGAGAUAUAUACACACACCAUAAAUCCAUCAAUAGAUAUUGUCAUUUUACCUUCUAGGAAAGAGAAUUGCAAAUAAUUUCUGUAUUUAGUAAUUUUUCAUAACUUCACAGUUAUGACAAUGUACAGCAUAUAAGCUUGUGUAUGUACAGAGUUUAAGCGUAAUUCAGUAAAUUCUGUUACUUUUGGUUCCAAACAUGAACUUGUUUAUCUGUUCCUGAAUACUUUUCUCACAGGAGUAAUAAACUAUAAAUUAUUUUUGCA